AUGGGUGAUAUCGAGUGGAUAACGGAGCCGGCGGAGCCAGAAAGAUCGGUGACGCCAAGUGUGGAGAUGACCUUACCGUCCCCACCCAAGUCCGAAUCCAAAGAACAGACAUAUCAACCGGUCGUGGUGUCUUCACCCAUUCAAAAAGAAGAGCACAGACCUGUAGAAGCCGUAUCACCAAGACCUACAAAAGCUACGUCUCCACCUCGACCUCCAAAAGAUGACAAAUUUGUGCAUUAUGACUUCAGAAGUCUCCCAAGUUCAGAAGCCAGAAGUCCACCAGAAGUCAAAAGUCCUCCAGCUACAGAACCCAACCGUCCUUCAGAAGCCGUCAAAUUGCCAGUCAGCGAUUCUGUUGCUCCCAAAGCGUACGAUAUUCCUGAAUCCGUAGCCGCCAAGAUACCAGAAGACGUAGACGCUAGAAUCCCCACAGAAGUUUCUCAAGAAUCUUCCAAACAACCUGAAAACCUCACAAAAACAACAACUUCAGAUACAUCUAGCCCAGUAGCCGCUAAAAGACAAGAAUCAUCACGCUACAGAAGCCCGUCUUCUGACGGUAAAUCCAGAAGUCAAACGCCAAAGUCGUCUGAAGUGAAGUAUAACUUCCCAACUCGCUUCGUGGUCAGUGACGUCGAAGCCAGAGCUUUGCGUGAGUUGGAAGACGACAUACCAUCACGACUAUCGUCGCUUCGUAUCUACGACAAUACUUACGCCAAAGCCAUGAAGGAUUCAGAAGACGCUCUAGAAGUAUCGUCACGAAGAAGCAAACCUUCUGAAUUAUUGUCACGGAGAAAUGAAGCUACUGAAGAGCCACCGCAACAAAUCGAAGCUUCUGGGGUUCGACAGAAGACUCCGGAUUCUGAUGCCGAGGAGAUGGCACGGAUGAAGACGCAGAAGGUGAAGGACGACAACGGAUUCACGUACUACACGUGCAGAUUCUGUGGAAUCACGUUCAACUACAUAACAACGUUGAAAUCGCAUGAGAGGAAACAUGGUGUCGAAAAGGUAUGUCAUCGUAUGUUGUUGUAGUUUAGGAAACAAGUAUUGUUUAUACGAUACAUGAAUUAUACUACUUGUGUUUAACCUAUAUUAUUGUAGCCUUUUGUAUGUGCCAAGUGUGGUGAAGCCUUCCACUACGACUGCGAGCUACAAUAUCAUGUCAAGAGUCAUGUCGGUAAGCAAUGUCAAUAUUUUUUAAGCUGACAUACUAUAAUAUAAUUAUAAAUAUCUUACUAUAAAACGUUAACCAUACCAUUUCAGACCAAAAGGGCUACAAAUGCGACUGUGGUCGUACCUUCUAUCAGUACACCGAGCUGUUGAACCAUUCUCAUCCGGAUGACCCUACUCCAAUAUACUCUCAAGCUGUCAAUCAGCCAGGUGAAGAUGAACAAGCUGCCAGAGUAAAGCCGUUCAGUAAGAUACCUGAGAAUUACUUCCCUACUCCCGAGUUCGCCGAGAAAGGCUACGAACCCAAGUACCAGGUACGACAAUACAACGAGGUCAGAACCCAUCCCUACAUCUGUCAGUACUGCUCCAAGUCGUAUCCUGACAGUCGGUAAGUUUUAUUUACUUGUAGUAAAAAGUAAUGUUUGAAAGCAGACAAAAAGACAGGUCAAAAAGUAGAUAGAAAAACAGAAAAUUAGCAAUGAAGAAUAUCGUUUGAAAACCCAAGAUAACUUAUUGAUGCUAUACCAUAACAUCGUGUCUUGUUUCAGCCAACUGGCCUACCACAUGUACAGUCAUCGUGGGGAGAGAACGUUCAAUCCCCGUGCCUCGAGGUACUUGAUGUGCCGAAAUGAAAAUUCUUAUAUUUCUCCUGGAGUCUGGCUGGACAAGUGA